AUGUUUGAAGGAAAAAACAUUGUUAUUGGCAUAACAGGAGGAAUUGCAGCUUACAAGAUGGCUACAUUGGCAAGUAUGCUUGGAAAAACCAAAGCAUCUGUUCAUAUCAUCAUGACAGAGAAUGCUGAGAAAUUCAUUACACCAGUUACUUUCGAAGCACUUGUAAAGACAAAAGUACAUGUUGAUACAUUCGAUAGAGAAUACCAUAAUACAAUUGCACAUAUUGAACUCGCAAAGAAUGCAGAUAUAUUUUUAGUUUCACCAGCUUCUGCAAAUUUCAUUGCAAAAGCAUCACAUGGUAUGGCUGAUGAUAUGCUCACAACAACAUUUCUUGCUGCAAAAUGUCCAAAAUUUGUAGCUCCAGCAAUGAAUACAGCAAUGCUUGAAAAUCCUAUCACACAAGAUAAUAUCAAAACAUUACAAAAGUAUGGAAUAGAGAUCAUACAACCAUCUUCUGGUAUGCUUGCAUGUGGAGAUGUCGGAAGCGGAAAAAUGGCAGAACCAGAAGUUAUAUUCUCAUACAUAGAACGUGUAAUUGCCCGCAACAAAGAUAUGAUUGGAAAAAAUGUUCUCGUCACAGCAGGAGCUACGCGAGAAUCUCUUGAUCCAGUCAGAUUCAUUACAAAUCAUUCUACGGGCAAAAUGGGGUUUGCAAUUGCCAAAGAAGCAAUGCUUCGUGGAGCUAACGUAACAAUUGUUAAGGCUAUGACUUCAGCUCCAAUUCCUCCAUUCGUCAAAAUUAUUGAAGUAGAUUCAGCCGAACACAUGUUCGAGAAAGUUACUGAAAUAUCCGACCAGAUGGAUAUCGUUAUUAAAGCAGCGGCAGUUGCAGAUUACACGCCAAUUGAAUAUUCAGAUGAAAAAGUCAAAAAGAAGGACGGAGACCUUGAAAUAAAACUCAAGAGAACAAAGGACAUAUUAAUGUAUUUAGGAGAACAUAGAAGAGAAAAUCAAUUUAUUUGCGGAUUUUCAAUGGAAACAGAGAAUUUAGUUGAGAACUCCACACUUAAACUAAACAAGAAGAAAGCAGAUAUGAUCGUUGCAAACAAUUUGAAAGUCCAAGGAGCUGGAUUUGGUACAGAUACGAAUUUGGUAACCUUAAUAACAAAGGAGGGAGCUCACGAACUAGAAAUGAUGUCAAAAGAAAAGGUUUCUGAGAAGAUUUUUGACAAAAUUUUGGAAAUGAUGAAAAAAUAA